AGUGUCCUUUGCUAUGCCAACUGGCAAAAUGCCUGUUGCGGAUCCCUUCGUGUUGACUGACAGAUGGAUAGCAAAGACGCUGCUUCGGUCCAAUUGAAGAUGAUGCAACAUACAGGUCGAGCUCCACCAUCACCUCAUAUUUUCAGCUGUAGACGCCGCUGCUUGCAGCGUCCGUCAUUCUCAAACUUGCUCCGACCUCAACGCUGGUCUAUCGGCUUAGAAAGCGCCAUGCCUAAAAGCUUUAUGACUCCACAGGGCGCCGUGCCUGAACGCGUCUCUCUGUCCAAGACACAGCAACGGAUUCUCACCGAUAUGGCGGACGCUAUCAUAGCGGAGACCUUGCAGACGAAUGAGAUGUUCGUCUCCAACGGCCGCCAGCUGCCAAACGACCAGUGGAAACACGUCAAGUCCAAGGAGAAGGUACACGUCUAUCGGUCUCGACACUCCAAAGGGUCCUUUAAACCCCGAGGACAGUCUCAAGACGAGAAGGACCCAAGUCGACCGAGACUGUUGUCGCUUUCCGCCAUGGAACGGCACGAACGGGAGAACUCAGGCCGGCCGUACGUGUAUGAUGACGAGGCGUCGGCAGCACUGGAGCAGAAAGACAGCGUCAAUACACACAGCUCGUCCAGCGCCGAUGGAUCCUUUUCGCUAGCUGACGACUGUGUUCUCUCAAAGGUUAAACCAUCUCACGUCCCACUCGUCAUCGCCACUGGAGUCAUCGACGGCACCGUAGAAGACGUGGCAUUCGGCGCAUUCGCGAAUACCAGAAAAUCCUGGAUUACACGUAAUUCGUACGUCCACAACGACGUAUUUGACGAUCGAAAAGUGCUGGCGACGCUGCAAUUACCUAGUGAGGAGGACCCGUUCCGAUCCGUGACUAUCAAGUGGUCAACAGGAAACUAUGGAGCGUUUACUACUCGAAGAGACUUCCUAUACGUUGAGUCUAUGGGCAUGGCGUUCGACUCAGACGGAGAGAAAAUCUUCUAUAACCUCAUCCAUUCCAUCGAACUGGACGACUGUCCACCUCUAGACAAGCGCCACAAUAUCAUCCGAGUACAAAUGUCCACGUGCUACAUCGCUCGACAGGUUAAAGACAAUAGCGUGGAGAUGUUCUGCCGUGGCUUCGUUGAUCCGCGAGGAGAAAUGAUGGAGAGUUAUGGCAUUCUCAUGCUGGCCCACAACGUCUCUGCGUGUUCAGGAUACGUGGAAUGUUCGAAUCUAAAGAAGUUGAGCUGGAUGGUGCGACGAAGCGAUACGGCUAGCCCUUUGACCGGCACAGAUUGCAGCGUAUGUCAUAAAUCCCUGAAGAAACUCGGACUUCUUCAGUCGCCGUCCGGGUGCACGAUCUGCCGGUGCUUGACGUGCAAUAAGUGCAGCGUGCAGAAGAAACUGACUAUCGACGUGACCAAGGAGAUCUUGCAGAAGAGCUUCACCUUCUGCCUGUCGUGCGUGAUUGAGGCCAAGGAGCUGUCGGCGUGGGAACUCGCCGCAGCAGCCGUAAGAAGAUCAUAAUUUUUUUUUAAUGAAUCCCGUUAUCUAUUUCCAUGA